GUCUUCUCAAACUCAAAAUUCUGCAACUAAAAAACUCGCUCCUCCUUCUUCUUUAGAUUCCUUUCUCUCAUCUUUGUUCUUGGAAUCUCAUUCACUAGUUACUACACUUAACUUCUCUUUUAGCAACGGUUCCACAAAACCCGCAACUCCUUUCAGUUCAGCUUUUCAUCGUCAUUACUUUCUUAUUAUUUAUUCAGCUAUUUAUUUAUUUUCAAAUUUUAACAGGUGUGUCAAUGGAUUGGAUGAUCAAUAGCAAUAGGGAUUAGCAGAAGAAUAGAGAAAAUGAAAGAGGAAUCAACAGGACUAAUCAUUGGGAUCUCCAUAGGUGUAGUUAUUGGAGUUGUUCUUGCAAUUUCUGCACUUUUCUGCUUUAGAUACCAUAGGAAGCGUUCACAGAUUGGGAACAGCAGUUCCAGGAGGGCAGCCACCAUACCAAUUCGCGCAAAUGGUGCCGAUUCGUGUACUAUUCUCUCUGACUCAACCUUAGGUCCAGAAUCACCUGUGAAGGCCGCGUCGCGAAACGGGGGCAUGUCCUUCUGGCUUGAUGGAUUUAAGAAGAGUAGCAUGGUUUCAGCAUCUGGUAUACCAGAAUAUUCUUACAAGGAUUUGCAGAAAGCAACCUAUAAUUUUACAACACUCAUAGGACAAGGUGCCUUUGGUCCUGUUUAUAAAGCUCAGAUGUGUACUGGGGAGACUGUUGCGGUUAAAGUUCUUGCAACAAAUUCCAAGCAAGGGGAAAAAGAAUUUCACACCGAGGUUAUGUUGUUGGGAAGGUUGCAUCAUAGAAACCUGGUCAAUUUGGUUGGAUAUUGUGCAGAAAAGGGGCAACAUAUGCUUGUAUAUGUUUACAUGAGUAAAGGCAGCUUGGCUUCCCACUUGUACAGCGAAGAGAAUGGGACGCUGGGUUGGGAUUUGAGGGUGCACAUAGCUUUAGAUGUAGCAAGAGGCUUGGAAUAUCUUCAUGAUGGAGCAGUUCCUCCUGUAAUCCAUAGAGAUAUCAAGUCUAACAAUAUUCUCUUGGACCAGUCGAUGCGAGCCAGGGUUGCUGAUUUUGGGCUUUCAAGAGAAGAGGUGGUAGAUAAACAGGCAGCAAUUCGCGGAACCUUUGGAUACCUUGAUCCUGAGUAUAUAUCUUCGGGAACAUUCACUAAGAAGAGUGAUGUUUAUAGUUUCGGUGUGUUGCUCUUUGAACUUAUAGCUGGAAGAAAUCCACAGCAGGGUCUAAUGGAAUAUGUUGAACUUGCGGCAAUGAACACAGAUGGAAAAGUUGGUUGGGAGGAGAUUGUUGAUUCUAGGCUAGAGGGUAAGUGUGACUUUCAAGAGCUCAAUGAAGUCGCGGCCCUUGCCUACAAGUGCAUCAACCGUGCUCCGAGGAAGCGGCCGUCCAUGAGGGACAUCGUGCAGGUGCUGACGAGGAUUGCGAAGUCUCGGCACCACAAGAAUCAUCACCACCACAAAAAGUCCUUGUCAGCAACAACAGCAGAUGAAGUUUCCAUUGAUGUUGAUAAUCAAGAGACCAAGGUUACUGCUGUUUCUCAACACAGGAGAGAAGAGUCUAUAGAUAGUGCAGCUGACAUGUAUGAUGUGUAGAAUAUUGUUUUCUUUUUUUUUUUUUGCAUUUAUUUUAUUGUUAUAUUUUCAGUUUUGGUGUUUGGCUUUGGAUAUAUGAUCAUGGUCUUAACUAGACAUUUUAGUCCUGAGUGAUUUAAUUAUUGAUGCUUGGCAUCAUCUUUUGUAAUUUUGUGUAUCAUUUUUCUUUCAUUUUUUGGUUCCUUGUCUCACCUAGUUUCUGUUAUCUUGCUGAAAUGACAAUCCAAAAUUUGUAUAUUUAUAAUGCAAUUUAAGUCACAGGGGAACAACUUAGGUUCCAUCCCCACUGAAUUAACAAUCUAUAUGUAAUUUUGGUUCCUUGUCUCA